AUGUCGUUGCUCUCAGAUCUCAUUAACCUUAACCUCUCCGACACCACCGAGAAGGUCAUCGCAGAGUACAUAUGGAUCGGUGGAUCGGGAAUGGAUAUGAGGAGCAAAGCAAGGACUCUCCCAGGACCAGUUAGCGACCCAUCAGAGCUACCUAAGUGGAACUAUGAUGGUUCCAGCACAGGUCAAGCUCCUGGAGAAGACAGUGAAGUGAUCAUAUACCCGCAAGCCAUUUUCAAGGAUCCAUUCAGAAGGGGUAACCAUAUCUUGGUAAUGUGUGAUGCUUAUACCCCUGCUGGAGAACCCAUUCCCACUAACAAGAGGCACAAUGCUGCCAAGAUUUUCAGCCAUCCUGAUGUUGUUGCUGAAGAACCCUGGUAUGGUAUUGAGCAGGAAUACACCUUGUUGCAGAAAGAGGUCAGCUGGCCUCUUGGGUGGCCUGUUGGUGGUUUCCCUGGACCUCAGGGUCCUUACUAUUGUGGUGUUGGUGCUGAAAAGGCUUUUGGCCGUGACAUUGUUGACGCACAUUACAAAGCCUGUCUAUACGCUGGCAUCAACAUCAGCGGAAUUAAUGGAGAAGUGAUGCCUGGUCAGUGGGAAUUCCAAGUUGGUCCUGCAGUUGGAAUCUCAGCUGGUGACGAGGUGUGGGUAGCUCGUUACAUCUUGGAGAGGAUCACUGAGAUUGCUGGUGUGGUGCUUUCCUUUGAUCCCAAGCCAAUUAAGGGUGAUUGGAAUGGUGCUGGUGCUCACACCAACUACAGCACCAAGACCAUGAGAGAUGAUGGUGGCUAUGAAGAGAUCAAAUCAGCUAUUGAGAAGUUGGGGAAGAGGCACAAGGAGCACAUUGCUGCUUACGGGGAAGGCAAUGAACGUCGUUUGACAGGACGACACGAAACUGCUGACAUCAACACCUUCUUAUGGGGAGUUGCAAACCGUGGUGCUUCUAUUAGAGUUGGAAGGGACACGGAGAAAGCAGGGAAGGGAUACUUUGAGGACAGAAGGCCUGCUUCUAACAUGGACCCCUAUAUUGUUACUUCCAUGAUUGCCGACACAACCAUUCUGUGGAAGCCAUGA